GUGUAUUUUUGUCAUAGCGCUUGGUAUUAGCCGGUGGUUUCCAUCACUACACGAUUGACUGAAAAAAAACUCCUGCCACUUCUCACCCAGUCAGAAGUAAAACCAAAACCAAUCGUGACUCGUUCGCACACGUUUUCCCGCGCUUUGCGUCAGCUACUUUUAAUUUUGAUCGAGUUUUGUUUGGUUCACUGUAUUGUCUGUGUCCUUUGUGAUUGGUCUAAGUUGUUUCUUUGGCUUUGAUCUAUCGUCACUCAGUUGGAAACUGUUCUGUUAGUGUGGAUAGUGUCAAAAGCAAUAACCUCCGUUCCGUACAAAAAUAUGCACGGAUACUUUUCCGUGGACUUUGAAUUACCCAUAUAUAAUCGUAAUUCCAACCACAGAUGUAAUACUGUAAAAAUUAGCCACAAAUAUGUUUUAUUUUAGAUUCAUAUGUCCAAUGUGAUCUGCGAUGGCUCAGAGCACUCCAUCUUUCAAUGUAAGCAUGACGGAUGGGGUGUAAUAGGUAGCUGCACCCACGAAAACGACGCCGGGGUCAGAUGUAUCAGGGCAGAUGUCCCUGAGCUUGAAUAUCUGGGCUGCUGGAUUGAUAAUCCAAUAAAACAGAGGAUCUUGCCAGAUUUUUAUUCCAACCGCCGGGGUAAAGAUCUCGACUGGCACAAUCUCGGUGAAACCGUUUUGAAGUGUGCCUAUGAUGCUAUUAACAGUGGCAAGGACUACAACUUAUUCGCCGUGCAAUUUUAUGGCGAGUGUUUUUCAGCGGAAGGCAAUCCUGACUACAAGAAAAUGAGGGCCGCUCCAGAUGCGUGUGUGUUUGGUACGUCUGCCUAUCAAUUCCUGAUUAACUCGCUGACUGACUAACCCACUGACUGACUGACUAACGGACUUAAUGGGCUGACUGA